UAGUAUUUUUGCUUGUGAUUAUACUGUCUGGCAACACAAACGGAUAUACAUCUUCGGGUCGAGGGAGACUACACCUUACGGGUUACCAAGGUGAGGUCAGACAGUGGACAGACGCGGCCACGAGCCGAGUCAGGUCAAGCAGCUGUCUCCUUGUUUCACAGAUCAUUGAAAAUUUUUUAAUCAAGAAAAAUACUAUUAUUAAAUGGCUGCAAACGUAAAAUCAGUAACAAGAGUGACUAGACACUUGGUAACGAUGUGGUGCCUUGUGUUCCUGGCAGUAAUGUCAAGUGUGGGGGUGAUGGGAAAGCCAGUAGACUCGUGGCUGAUACUGGACCCUUACCUGACACUGCGUGAGGUCAGCCUGCCCGGCGACCCUGCUCUAGAGCGCCUGAUGACGUCACUAAGGGGUGAGGGACAGCGGCUGAACGGAAAUGACCCAGCCUGGCAACAUGUAGCCACAGUCCUCGUGCCCUCCACCAACCACGGCUUCUAUACCAACAACAUACACCCCGCAACUCACCAUCCCACGAUGGAGUCUCCUGGGGGUGGUGAUGACCAAGUUGUACCAGAGGUAGUGACGGACCUAGCACUCUCACACAAUACUCCAACAUCAGAUGGCGUCCACGUUACGGCUAUCAAUGCUGAAAACGACCCCGAAAUGCAUGCCUCCGACGGAGAGAUUCAUUCCCCGACAGAAGCCAUACCAUUGGAUUCCCCGACAACUUCCAACACAAUCAAUCCGAAAUCUCAAUCCACGACAACGUACUUUUCCUCAGCAUUGUCAUCUGGUGAGGGAGAGGGUGGUGAAGAGGUACAGCUGGAUGAUGAAGAGGUCCAGCUGGAUGAUGAAGAGGUACAGCUGGAUGAUGAAGAGGUCCAGCUGGAUGAUGAAGAGGUACAGCUGGAUGAUGAAGAGGUACAGCUGGAUGAUGAAGAGGUACAGCUGGAUGAUGAAGAGGUACAGCUGGAUGAUGAAGAGGUACAGCUGGAUGAGGAAGAGGUACAGCUAGAUGAUGAAGAGGUACAGCUGGAUGAUGAAGAGGUACAGCUGGAUGAUGAAGAGGUACAGCUGGAUGAGGAAGAGGUACAGCUAGAUGAUGAAGAGGUACAGCUGGAUGAUGAAGAGGUACAGCUGGAUGAUGAAGAGGUACAGCUGGAUGAUGAAGAGGUCCAGCUGGAUGAGGAAAAGGUACAGCUAGAUGAUAAAGAGGUACAGCUGGAUGAUGAAGAGGUACAGCUGGAUGAUGAAGAGGUCCAGCUGGAUGAUGAAGAGGUCCAGCUGGAUGAUGAAGAGGUCCAGCUGGAUGAUGAAGAGGUACAGCUAGAUGAUGAAGAGGUCCAGCUGGAUGAUGAAGAGGUACAGCUGGAUGAGGAAGAGGUACAGCUGGAUGAUGAAGAGGUACAGCUAGAUGAUGAAGAGGUACAGCUGGAUGAUGAAGAGGUCCAGCUGGAUGAUGAAGAGGUACAGCUGGAUGAUGAAGAGGUCCAGCUGGAUGAUGAAGAGGUCCAGCUGGAUGAUGAAGAGGUCCAGCUGGAUGAUGAAGAGGUCCAGCUGGAUGAGGAAGAGGUACAAAGGGAAGCAGAUCAGUCAGGUGUGUCAGUAGUGGACCAGGGAUACGACACUCCCCGCCUGCCAGCCGGCAUCGUAAGCAGCAGCGAGGACACCUUGCCCUCACGUGUGGUUGACCCUCCUCUACAGCCCAGUCAGGACCUUCUUGUGACGGUACACACACAAGAUCCGAGCAUGACUGUACACACACAAGAUCCCAGCUUGACUGUACACACACAAGAUCCCAGCUUGACUGUACAAACACAAGAUCCCAGCUUGACUGUACACACACAAGAUCCCAGCAUGACUGUACACACACAAGAUCCCAGCUUGACUGCGCACACACAAGAUCCCAGCUUGACUGUAUACACACACAGGAUCCCAGCUUGACUGUACACACACAAGAUCCCAGCAUGACUGUACACACACAAGAUCCCAGCUUGACUGUACACACACAAGAUCCCAGCUUGACUGUACACACACAGGAUUCCAGCUCUAUUGAACACACACCAGAUCCCAGCAUGACUGUACACACACAAGAUCCCAGCUUGACUGCGCACACACAAGAUCCCAGCUUGACUGUAUACACACACAGGAUCCCAGCUUGACUGUACACACACAAGAUCCUAGCAUGACUGUACACACACAGGAUCCCAGCUUGACUGUA